AGAGACAAGUGACAAUGAGUGGAAAAAGUGGAUCGGAAUUUUUAGAAUGUCGUUUGGAGUGCUUUUUUGCAUCAUAAUUUAAAAUUUUAGGGCUUAUCAAGUGAAGAUAAUCAUUGCAAGCUACUACUUUUCCCGUUUUUUACCUUGUCAAUGCAUGUAAUUGGAGAGGUAUGUUCUUUUUCACUUUGUUUCGGUGAUACCCCAAGAUCUUCAAGAACGGUUUGCUACUUAGUGUUUUCUCUUCGAGUCAUGAUGAAAAGAAAUGUGUGCUGGACUUACAAUCUGGUUCUUUUGAACUGACAUUUGUCUCUUUUCUAUGAAGUUUCUUCACCAUCCUACCAUGGUAUCAUCAAAUUUGUUUUGACUUGAUCUUUUACUUGCCAGCUCAACAUGCUAUCUGCGAACAACAAUCGUCAGUCAAAGUUUCUGGAGAUUUCGCCUGUUAAACCAGUUUGGAAACCUGAUCUUUAUAAACUUCAGCGAGAGGCACCUGCUCCGAAUGCUAUCUGCUUGGAAACUAUGCACCCCAACUGUCCACUUCAGUAUGGCUUGGAGUAUCAUGGUGUGUUAUCCAGCUCACAAUGUGAAAAAUUGCUGAAGAAAGACGGAGACUAUCUGAUUAGAUCCAGUCCGAACUGCUCUAACACAACUUACGUACUAUCCAUGAUGUUUGAUGGUCGUAUCGUUCACUACAAAUUGUAUUACGAUGAAGAGCAUUACGUGAACGUGAAUGGCAAACGGUUCAGCACGACAGGAGAACUAGUUUUGGAUGGUUUAGUCACAAACUAUGUGGAGCUGCAUGCUGGGCCGUACAUCCAGCUGAUGCACAAUUUAAAUUGUUACGAAAAUUCUCCCUACAUGACUUUAAACCGUCUCAAAAGGAAGGCUCUUCAAAAGCAAAUGAACAAUGUCACAACCAAUAACAAUAUCAACAAUCAUAAUAUCAAUAACAACAAUCCCAGACGGAUAAGUAAUUCAAACAACUUGGUAAUAAUUCACAACAACAUUGAUUAUGACAAGCCUCAUUCCUUCAAAACACAGACUUUCAACGGACUGAAUUGGUGCGAAUUUUGUGGCAAUUUUUUGUGGGGCAUCAUCGCGCAGGGUGUCAAAUGUGAAGAUUGUGGUCUCAUGGCGCAUAGUAAAUGUUCAGAGCGACUCCCUGCUGAUUGUUGUCCUGAUCUGAAGCGAGUGAGAGGAGUUUUCGGAGUAGAUUUGACAACCCUGGUCAAAGCUCAUGGCACAAGUAUACCUUUUUUAGUGGAAAAAUGUAUCACGGAAAUUGAAAAAAGUGGCUUAGAUAUAGAGGGACUCUACAGAAUCUCCGGUUUUCAGGAAGAAAUUGAACAACUAAAAAUUUGUCUGGACAAAGGUGGAGAAAAUACUGUUUUGAGCUGUCGAAACCAAGAUGAUGUGAAUGUUGUAGCUGGUGUAUUGAAACUGUAUCUGCGGCUCCUACCUCUACCGCUCAUAACAUACGAGUGUCAUCCGGCUCUCAUCAAAGCAAUUUUGAAACAAACGCUUUGGGAACAAAUAGCACGGAUCAAGGAUGCACUCUCUGUCUUGCCUUUAGCACACUACAAUACAUUGAGAUAUUUAAUUCGGCAUUUACACAGAGUCAGCGAACAUAGUGAAACUAACAAGAUGACGAUUCAAAAUUUGAGCACCGUUUUUGCGCCAACAUUAAUGCCAGCCCCUGAUCUUUCGAAAUGCAGUGAAGGAUCCUUGCCAGAUAUCAACAAUGAUAUUGUUGCCCUACAGAAUUUGAUAACGCACCAGGAAUACAUCUUUGAUUAAUUACGUACAUUUGUCUACCUGUGCUGCAGGUAACUGCCAUUUGAAGAAGCCACCAAACUCUGGUGGAGACAUCUUUCAAUUUUUAUAUUUUUUCCUAGAAUUCAUACCUUCUUAUUUAUUUCACUAUUAGUCAUGCACUACAACAUUCCAUAUUAUUCAAUAGGCCAAAAUCGUCCACAAACAUUCAGUGAAUUGAAUGCGGUGCAAAUUUUUAUUUUCUUUCAUUCCCUUACUGGCUUAAGUAGCUUCUCAUUUUAUUCUUGAAAAGAUGCCGCCUUUGUAUGUAAACUUUCAAUGGCAUUGUCCAGAUGUAUAAUAGGAAAAACUGCAAUGAUGACGAAAAUGAGUGACAUUAUAUGUAUGAGAUUAAUGUAGCUCAGCUUGUAAGUUGUCAAUCUCUUGUGAUAGGUUUAUGAGGAAGAAAAUGAUUUGAUGAAUUCAAGGCAUUUUCUUGUAAAUUUGAGUUUACACUUUGUAAGGUUUAAGAGGCUGUGAGCAUUUACUUGAAUCCUGUAGUCGCAUGAAUGUAGCCAACAAACUUUUCCAGUAUCAUGCAAUAGAAUUUUACCAUCAGCACCCUAAAAGUUGCCAAAAUGUAUUAGCAAAGUAUUAGUAUUUAUUUAUUUGUUUUCUUGCUGGCAGAGUUAAGUUAUUCUGUCUGUACUCUUAAAUGUAAAGUCAAAAUUAGAUUAGAGGACACUUCACCCUAAUUCAUGUGUGCACUGGAAACCGGAAAAAAUGGAUAAUGAAUUUUGAUUGAUGAUUGUGACGUAAUUUGUCAUGCACCAUUUUGUUUUCUGUGAAAUUCAAUGAUGUCCCUAAACAUAAUAAACAUUCCCAAUGUUUGCUAAGGUUAUAAAUGUUAGUAGGCAGAGUUUGUUUCUCUGCAAAAAUUUUACGAACAAUCCAACACUUUAAUGUAUGUAACAAGUGAAGCAAGGUCGAAAGGUGUUUCUAAAUUGUCACAGGAUUUCUAACGUUCCUUUUCUCCUAGCUUCUCUUUUUGUAAAAAAGUAACAUGCGAGUUAUUUUUUGUAACCUGUAACAAAUUUUGCAGCAAACAAAGCACAUCAUUCCACAACUUUUGUCAUACAAAGUGUAGCUGGAGGAGGAAUUAAGAAGGGUCUUUGUCAUCUGUUCAAAAUUUCAAUGUUGAAAACAUCCAGAUUUCAGUGCUCCAUCGAAAAAGGUUAUGGAAAGGUCAAGACGUACACUGUGAUCAUAGAAGCUUAUACCAAAGUAUAUUCGUUAGUUUUAGAAUUUUUUGUAUGUAGUAUAUCGUGUGGUAAAGGAGAACGCUGCAUGAGCCUUCGGAUGCAGCCAAAUUUCCUUAAGUAUUUAUGGAUUUUCAAGGAAAUCUGUGAAUAUUUCUCCUCCAAUUUUCCAAGAAUUUCAUUCGCAAUCAGAUCUAAGUUAUCUGAAAAUCUCAAGAAAAAAUAUUCAUAACUCUCUUUAAAAAUAAUUAUUUUGUUGGAGGAAGUUUCGCAAGUCCGAGAUGUUCAUACGGCAUUUUUCCUUAGCACGGUAUUAUAGUUCACACAAAAUAAGUUCGUGGACUUUUACAGUGAGACAAAAGAUUAAAUAUCCCGAGUUUAAAAAAAAUUAUCAAUUACAUAUCAUUUCAGUCAGCUUAAUUCUCAUGCUUACUUAAUUCUUAUGUGUAAAUGAAAACAGCAAAUCUUGUAUGGCACUGUAAAAGUUAGCUUACUAAUUUGGUGUGAACUAUUAGUAUUUACUCAUGAAGCGAUUAGCUUUUUGUUGGCCUAUGUAUAGACAAUAUAUAAAGAUUAGAUAGAUUGUUGAUGGUAUCGCUAACAUGUGUUCAAAUUUAGUCUAAAACUCAUCAUAGAGAGUUAAAGUUUUCCAAGCACUUUUCUCUUGAGAGAGUUAUGCUGUUUCAAGCAACAUUAGUUAUUACUGCUCUCUUGAGAAAAAUUUGUACUUAGAUGAGCUUUUUCUCUUCACAAUGAAGCAUCAGUUUCAGACUGAAUUUAAAAACAGGUUGGCGAAAAUAACAACCCCCUGUCCAAACAACUCAUGCCUUGAACCGCAAUAUAUUUGUAAGAAUAUAAAAAGAUUAUUGUAUAUUUGGAAUAAGAAAGGAAAAAGGGGUGGAUUUCAUUACAAAGAACAAACCAUGGUUGGUCACUUUUUCAGUGGAUAUCAGAAGACUGGUCAAUGUCACUGCCAUGGAGGAGUUUCCCUCCGAAAUGAUGUUGCUCAAAAUCUGCGCAGAAAAGAACCGGGAACUGGUGUGAUUUAUUUACUAAACUAAAUCUAAAAAUAAUUCCGAUUAAUUUUAUGCUCUUUCUGUAACGUAUGAUGAGAAAUAUUUGUUGUAACAGACUUUUGCCGUCCAUGGUCAUGAUCUACCACUUUAAUGUUUUCUCUUCAUUAUUUCUUCCAUCUUUUGUAAAAUUUGUAUUGCAUUUCUAUUAAAUCAGAUAUUCUCUUUUGUGCUAAGCAUGUUGAUUGCUUUAUCAAUUACUUAAGUGUCUUAAAAGAUUACUUUACAUAAAUACUGCAAAAUUUGAAUCAUACGAUGAUGCAGAGCCUUGUGCAAAUGUGCAUUGUUCUAUGUUGCUCUGAUUGUUUCCUUUUUUUACGUUUUAAUUAUCAGAAUACUAAAGUCUUUCAAACUAGGAAUGAUUACACAUGUAAAUACAUAUUUCUUAAGUUCAGUAAUACCCUGAUUAUCCGACAAUCUGGGGCAAGGGCCAUGUCGGAUAUGGAAAAAGUCCAAUAAUCAAAACUACCAAAAGAGACUGAAAAAAUGCCAUUCCAGGCUCUAUUUGUAAAUUUAAAGCACAAACUUGGUCAAUUUUCCAUCACAUCUCUAGAACACUUUUUUUAUGAGAUAAGACACGAAAAACCACAUUUAUAUUAAAUUUUUGUCUAAAAACCAGGUUUUGUUGUGUUGAUUGACUUGUUUUUACCAAAAACUCAAUUUUUUCCACGUUGGAAAACCGAAGCUUCUGAUAGUCGGUGUUCGGAUAAUCAGGAUAUUACUGCAGAUUAAUUAUCAUGUUUAUGUAAAUGUAUACAUAUCUACCUUGGAACAUCAUUCAGUCAGUACCGAGGUUCUUUUUCCAACUAUUUGUGAGAUGAUUUUUCCUGUGGUUAAGUCUUGAUUGAAAAAGAUACUUGAUUGUUAAAAGCUAGUUGAAAGCCGUAUUUGAUUCCUAGAAUAAAUUAGUUCAAAAAUCAGGAUUAACAUCGUGUUUAAGUUUCUUGCUACUUAAAAGAAGCCAUAUUGACCGUGGAACUGCAUAAAAAAGUAUUUCCUCUGUUUGCAGCGCUGCAGACUUCCCAUCAUAAUUUAUUUUCUAAAAGAAAAAAUUCUCAACAUCAUUUCGUCAAAACUUUGCGGAUUUUUCUGAUCUGUGCAAAGAAUGUUCUGUGAAGUUUUCAAGCAACAGUGUUAGUUUGUUCUCUUUUGAAUAAAUAAAAUGGGAGCAAAUAUUUUGAAACACCGCAAACAAAAUAUGCAUUUUUGCAGUUUCCGCGUUAAUGUAUUAGAACUAAAAAUUAAUUGCUCUUUUCUUUUCCUUGUGAUUAUGUAAAAUCUUGCUUGAUGAAUGUGAUAUUUCAAACUUAACAUAUCCACUUAUUAAUUCAACCACAACUGGACCAUAGAAAUAGUACCUUGAACAUAGAGGGAAAGCUGGAAAUCAAUAAUGCUAUUAACAGUUGCACACUCCUAAGCCCAAAUUCUCUACUUACUUUGUGGUCUUAGAGCUUUGACGGCACAAGGUUAUAGGCGACUGCUACCGCGCCAAGGAAAAAUGUGGUAAGAACCCCCGAGACAUUGCCAAAUUUCCUAUCAUAAAACAUGAAAUUCCUGGUAAACUUAUGAAUAUUUUUCCUUCAAUUUUUCAGACAAUUUUGUUCACAAUUUCAUUGAAGCUCUUGAAAAUUUCAAGGAAAUAUGUUCACACCUUUCCUCAAAAAUAAUAAUUUUAUUGGAGGAAUGUUGGCAACUCCUGAAUUUCCUUCGCUUAGCCGAAUGUGUAACCUCUUUGCCUAGAGCUUAUUAUUUUUACAGGGUUUCAGAGCUUUUACUGUAGAUGAUUCUCAUUUUAGAGACUAUUCACUAUUUCUUGAUGUGCUUUAUGGAGUGCAAUAUUUUUUUGAAAUCAAAUGUGUCAUUACACAAUUUUUAAUUGAGACUUGCCAAUUCCCAACAUUGCAAUUAUUGGUGACAUGUAUCAAAUCAUAUCGACUGCUUAAGUGUUUUUUUUUUGAAGGACUUGUUUAAAAUAUUCUUUUUUAUGCUUGUGAUAUAGUUUCUUUGUAGAAUUAUCUUGCCUUUUUUAAAAAUCUGUAAAUUCCUCUAUCCACGUAGUCAAUGUACACGGUGAAACCCAAAAGUUGCAGUUUCUUCAAUUCUCAAUUUAUUUGAAGGAUACUUCAAGCUUGUUAAUCAACUCUGCCAAGUUUUUUUUUUAAUUUUUUUUUGGCUCAACAAACUUUUUUGAUUUUAAGUUAAGUCUCUCUGAGGGAAAUUGUCUCUAUUAGAGAUUCCUUGCCUCAAUUUUGUGAAACAUUUUCAUUUUUUCAACCAGUACGUAUUUUUUGAAAGAAAUUAAUUUAGUUCAUGUACUGAUUGCUGUCUUUUUUUUUCACUGCUCAUCUGUCAAAGUGGUUUUUUCUUCUUUAUAAAAACUUUUUAAAACUUGUUUCAUCUAAAGUGGCCUUCAAUUUUUGAUGUUGCAAAAUAUAUCUUUGAAUCAUAUCCAAAAA